CAUGCUGAAGGAGGUGUGCUUUCUACUGUUGGUCACUUACGUGGCUGCCACAUAUAGCUCUGGUUAUCCUUCCAUUCCCUCCGGUCCGUCCUCAACCUACCCCACUUAUCCAACUGGUGGAUACAGAUAUGUCGUGUACAUUCAGUAUCUCUACUAUUUAUUUGUCACAUACGGACCAACCUCUGUCCAAUAUCUACAGUAUUACCAAUACUUAGUCAGACUACACAUCAUUCCUGAUGGGUUUAACUUUGGCAGAGGGGGAUUUCCAGGAUUUGGCGGUAGUGGAGCUUUUCCAUUAGGAGGUAGAGGUGGUAUCAGCCCUACUGGGGGCAGUCCAACUGGUGGAUUCCCAUUAAGCCCUGGAUUUGGAGGUCUUCCGCUGGGAGGAUCAGGUUCCCCAUUGGGAAGUGGUAUCGGAGGCCUCCCCUUAGGAGGCAACAGUCUUGGAGGAGGAUUCCCACAGGGAGGUUCUGGAUUUCCUACAGGUGGACUCCCAAGUGGCGGUGCAGGGUUCCCUCUUGGUGGAGGUAGUCUAACUGGUGGUUUUCCACUUGGCGGAUCAGGUUCUCCAUUAGGUGGUGGUAUUGGAGGUUUGCCUUUGGGAAGUUCUGGCUUGGGAGGAGGAAUGCCAUUGGGAGGAUUCCCGAGCGGAGGUGCCAGCUUUCCUUUAAGCAGUGGAGGUUUAGGAGGUUUACCAAUUGGCAGUGGAGGUCUUGGAGGAGGAUUCCCUCUUGGUGGUUCUGGAUUUCCUAGUGGAGGAUUCCCUACUGGUGGUGCCGGAUUCCCUAUCGGAGGUGGAUUCCCUCUCGCGGGAACUAGUGGAAGCUUCCCUAUUGGGGGAGCUGGAUUCCCUACUGGAGGCAGUGGUUUUGGUGGAUUCCCAUCUGGUGGUGCCGGAUUCCCUAUCGGAGGUGGUAGUCGUGGAGGUGGAUUCCCUCUCGGGGGAAGUAGUAGAAGCUUCCCUAUUGGGGAAACUGGAUUCCCUACUGGAGGCAGUGGUUUUGGUGGAUUCCCAUCUGGUGGCAGCUCUUUAAGUUUGACUAGAAGUGGUUCUAGUUUCUCAUCUGGUAGUUCUGGAUUCCCAAGUGGAGGAUUUCCAACUGGUGGUGCUGGUUUCCCCAUCGGCGGAGGAAAUCUUGGAGGUGGAUUCCCCAUCGGGGGAACUGGUGGAGGCUUUCCUCUUGGAGGAACCGGAUUCCCUACUGGAGGCAGUGGUCUCGGAGGAUUCCCAUCUAGCGGCAGGUCUUUAAGUCUUACCAGGAGUGGUUCUAGUUUCUCCUCUGGUAGUUCCGGAUUCCCAAGUGGAGGAUUAUCGGGUAUUGGAGGUGGAUUUCCCGGAUCCGGACUCAGUGGAUUUUCUGAUUUCUCCAGUUUGUCUUCCAGUUUGAGUGGGUUUGAUGAUCUUAAUGAUGGGUUUUCCGGAGGCUAUGGUGGAUACAAAUCUGGUAAAUACUAGUGGACCAUAAGACUGACGACAGGAUGUAAACACGGAAUUGAAGAUUAGUAAUGACACUGA